UAUUUCUAUGGGAGGCAGGAUAAGGAAGGUGCUAAACUGAAUUUUCAGAAUAUCUAAAUAAUGUCUUAUUGCUGGUAAAUGUUUGCAGUGUUGUAGGGGCGAACGCUUUUAUUGAGAUGUGUGUGCAUAAUUUAGGUCGCAAAACGAACGGAAUAAGUGUCGUACCUCAACGUUAGGACUAUUAGAUUACGCAGCUUUGAUUUUCCACAUAGUAGGUGGUUCUGUAACACUACUUUGUAGAAAAUCAUCGUAGACGGUCCCUUAGUUUGCCAGCCAGCACUCGCGAUAUUUAGCGCGUCACUGGUGGUUUGCUUCUUCACUCCGGAAGCAAGGACGUCAGGCAGGCAGUAGUAGCGUUUCUGCUUCAGGGAAAAAAAUGUACGGAGGAAUAAUAUUUCACCGUAAUCAGAGAACUUCAAGAAGCGAUAUCAUGAGGAUUUCUACAAGGAAAAGGUGUCACAGAAAUGCACACCUGCUGUAUCCUGAGGAGAGUCCUGGUUGGACUACUGACUUUAGCUGUUCUUCCUUCUGAAUCAGCUACAGUGACAGUGAAGUGUCAUGAUGCUGCUACUCUCCCCUGCAGUCAGAUGUGUUCUGGUCUGGUUUCAUGGACUUUGUUCCAUAAACCACAUGACCUCCUGGCUCGGUGUAACCAGACAUCCUGCCAGUCAGAGCAGGGAUUUCACAUGUCUCAUGAGCAGUACCUGAAGGGAGAUCUCUCGCUCACCAUCGCUGAUGCUGAUUUCACUAAGAGUGACUUUUACACCUGUGAUUGCGAUGGUCUAGACAUCUGUAAUCUCCAGCUACAGGUUGAGGGAACCAACACAAACACCACAACAACUUUGCCUCCAGUAAACGGUGUAAAUGAGAGCUGGGUGUACAGAGACUACAUCUGGCUCAUGGGGAUGUUUGGGAUUGUUGUGGUUGUCGUGGUGUUGCUAUGCUGCCUGAUAAAACACUGUUUAAAAAAAGUCAGGAGAGGAGCACAGUGCUUUAGCAGAAGCUGUUGUACGGUUGCGGGAACGUGUGAUCCUUCUGCCCAGGAACACGCCUUUCAGUGUGCAGCUGAAGACUCUGAAGACACCACCUUCACGACAGCGCUUUAAGGUUUUAUGCCACUUCAAGGACUUGAACACAUGGUUCAUUCUUCACUUAGUGACAUGUAAUGAUCUUUUGUUUCUUGGACCAUCGCGGAGCCUCGCUGGAAACCAAGCAAUCAGACCAGAGCUCAUUCAAUUAUAACUUUAUAAGUUCAUUUUUAAAAACUCAUUUUUAAAGCCAAAUGUUUAAUGUACAAUUACUGUUUGCUUCUUAAAAAUACUAAUAAAUCGUUUUAAU